AUGACUUCAAUUAUUGACGGAGAUGUCGAUGAAUUGGAAUUAUUGAGAGAAAAUAUUUAUUUUCCUUUAAAACAUGCAUCAAAAUUAAUUCAACGUUGUCCAUCACUUAUCGAUAUUGAACUUCAAGUAUAUUCAUUCGACACAUGUAUACAUCUUGUUGAUAUUCUUCUUGAUGGUUUUGCCAAUUUGCUUCAUCUCAAAAUAUAUUUUACUAACGAUACAAUACUUGAUAAUCCAUAUUCACGUAAUUAUGUUAUAGAAAAGCGUCGUCAAGCGUUUCCACGUAGCAUUUUUAAUGCAGAUCGAGUUGUUGCUAAAAUCACAGACAAUCAUUGGAGAUUUAUCUGUAAUGAUUUGUUAUUAUGUGUUAAAAGAAUACCAAUAAAUUGA